AUGACCCAAGAGGAAAUGGCUGUGACCUACCAGUGGGUCGGUCCCCAUCCGCCAUAUGUGAAACACUGUCCCAAAGUGUUUGGUCAUCUUGGGGUUCUUUAUGUGUGGUGAGGGUUGUCUUUAGAAAAGGAAUGUGUAUAUACAUCUAAGACAGUCCAGUGUUCUCUAGACAGAAGAGUAAAGCUUGUCUGUCUGUUGUUGUUCCAGGAGCCUGCUGUGACGACAGAGCCACCAUGGGUCGCACAGAAAUAACCUGCAGUUGGAAGAAAGUCACCAACAACAUCAGAGAUGUGUUCGAAUUCAAACAAGCGCUGGGAUCGUAAGUACUUUGUCUGUUAAGAUUAAAUCCUGGAAGUUUUUCCUGGCCAGGUCACAGUGAUUUAAACCAGCCCUUUAUGAUAAAAGGGACAAUUAAUUCAAACCUUUGUCUAGGUUUUAAUUUCAGAUUAACUCUGUGCGUCAAGCCAUUACUGUGUUUUGCAUGUAUAACUCAAAGCACUUUUACUUUGAGGAUAACUCACCUCAUCCGAUGUGUAGCACCCACCUGGGUGAUGCAAGGCAGCCAUUUUGUGCUUGGUUGUUUUCACUGUCCUUUGUUGCUGAGUAGUGGCUCUUGUUAGCUUCUUAUCUCCGACUAAAGAGCCAUUAUUACAGGAUUGAGUGCAUCUUCAGGAUAUCUACUUUACCUGUUCCCAGAGAAGGAUCCUAGUUAGGCACUAUAAUCCUGGAAAGUCCUACCCAGAUAAGAGUAUUAGGACCCGGGUCAGGGCAGGUCAUCUUUAUCAAGGGAACACUUGGCGCUCACAUAAUACAGUCUCUCUCACCUUAAAGAUGGACCCUUUGUUAGAGAGUUUUGAGUUUGAAUGAGGUAGCAACAGUAACCAAAAGGGGACAGGACAUGGCACAUUUGGGGAAAAUGGUUGACCAAUAGUUGCCCAAUGUGUAACGUGAUUUCAUGUGUACAUACAUUUAUGAUCGUGUGAGUGUAGGCAUGUGGGUCUGUGCACAUGUGCGCUAGUGUGGUUGUGUACAUGUGUGCAUGUGUGGGUGUAUGCGUGUAUGCGUGUUUGUAGGUCUAUGUACAGUAGGUCUAUGCAUAGUACAGUAUAUGAGAGCUUUAUGAAAGGAGUUGUUCUAUGUGAAAUCGAAUAGAAAGGUUUUAUUGCCCACACAAUGCUGAAAACUGCAGAGUGAGAGAGGUCUGUCUGUUGCCCCUGGCCUACCUGUUGCCUGAGCCUCCUGCUCACCUCCUCAGCCUCUCCUCAAGCAGCUUACAGCAUAAUAUAUGAGAAGGCUGAGGUUGAGAGAAAUGUGAGCCAGGCAGGUGAGCAAUGAUGUCAUUACAGAGCGGGCACAGCCUAUCACUGCUCAAUUAUAGGAUUAAGGGCCUGGCAUUGUGUGUUGAGUGUGCAUUUGCACAUGAGGUGAGGUGUGAGGGAAUGAGUGUGACUGUGUGCCUGCAUGCCUGUGUGAGUUUGACUAUCUUUAUAUGUGUGUGUUCAUCAGAGCUGGGUUCAAAUAGUAUGCUUUCUUUCAAAUACUUUGAGUGUGAUUGAGUCUGCCAGGAAUGCCAGAUGAGAGGCAUUUGCACUUUUAGAACCAAUCUAUUUUUGCACUUUUGGAACUUUUCUAUUGGUCCCAUUUCGCCAGGAAGUGAAGUAGCAAGCCCAAUCAAAGUGUUUGAAAGAAAACAAAUACUGCAGUAUUUGAACCCAGGCCUGGUGGACAUUGUCUCUCUUUGUCUCCGUCUGUAUGUCUGUCUCUCCCAGAAAUGAUGUCUUUGGACACAGAGCACACUUAUUGCAUCAGUAUCACAGGUGUUGGAAUAUGAGUGUCUGCCAAACAGAAGAUUACCCACACCUUGGUCUCCCUCAAACAGGGCUGUCAGCAGAUGGAGGUUGGAUCCAUUUAUGAGGUUUAGGAUCCUCUCGGCUCCCUCCCACACAUGAACACUUCUCUCCUGAUGUCAUGUUACGUCUGGGGUGUUUGUUGGGUCUGACAAAGAAAACACCCACCCACAGUCUUCUCAGGGUUCAUCCAGGGUUGACUGUGCAAGAUCAGACAGAGACAAGCAGACACAAUGAACACACUAGGACCACAAUGAUUGUGUUUUUUAUUCUCUUGGAGCCGCCUACUACUUUUCAUUAUCUAAUCAAUUAAAUCAAGUAAUCAAUCAAUCAUCUCAGGGGUCUCUUCUCUGGGCCUCCUGUCCCGAGCUUCAGGCUGGGCAAUGGAAAAGGCUUGAGUACUAAUCCUCCUGUAUUGCCCUGCUUCUAUUCACAGGCCUCAGGAGCACAGGCCAUACCUGAUCCUCUAUGGCUGCGUUUAGACCGGCAGCCCAAUUCUGAUAUUUUUUUCAUGAAUUGAUCAUUUGACCAAUCAGAUCAGCUCUGAAAAAGAUCUGACGUGAUUGGUCAAAAUACCAAUUAGUGGGAAAAAGAUUAGAAUAGAGCUGCCGGUCUAAACACACCCUUCCCAGGCCACACUGGUCUCGUGCCUAGCCAUGUGCAGCUAUGAGCCAGGAGAGUGAGGCUGGGUGGUGGUGACUCCACCUACAGCACUGUAGCCUUCCAAAGUGUGUACGAGAGCUUCCGCCAUCUUGGUUACACCUAUCCAAUUAUCUGUGGAUAGGGGUACAUUUUUCUGGGUUGUUUUCGAGCUAUUAUUUCAUUGGAUUAGAGCACAGGUGUUAAAGUCAUUCAUUCGAGGGCCGAGUGUCUGCGGGUUUUCGCUCCUCCUUUGAACUUGAUUGAUCAAUUACGGUCAUUAAUUAGUUAGGAACUCCCCUCACCUGGUUGUCUAGGUCUUAAUUGGGCACAAAUUGAACAGAAAUAACAAAAACCAGCAGACACUCAGCCCUCCAUGGAAUGAGUUUGACACCCCUGGAAUAGAGACUAGAAUCGUUCCUGUAGUUAACCCCAGAAAUCCGCAAAUGUAUGGAACCUAAAGAUUCAAAGGUUAAUUGACCAAAGAGCUUAAACCCAUGGGUUGGAAAAUGGACAUUGCCUUAUAACCAUUUCUCUGUCUGUGUGUGUAGGGGUUCGUUCUCCGAGGUGUAUUUGGUGAGAGAAAAGAAGACUGGAAACCUCUACGCCCUAAAGUGUCUGAAGAAAAAACACCUCAGCUGUAGUAAACUAGAGAACGAGAUCACUGUGCUGAAGAAGUGAGUACACACAUACACUCUCUCACACCUUGAAUGAACAACAUCCCAAAUCUCUCCCUCUUCCUCUCAGGAUAAGGCAUGACAAUGUGAUUGGAUUGGAAGACUUCUAUGAAACUCGGACACACUACUACCUUGUCAUGCAGCUGUGAGUAGGAACCAUUUUCUACAUAUUCUAAAUGCAGUUAUUAACAUACAGAGAAAUGUUACUGUUUUAGAAAACCGGCUGUAUUAGUAGGGUCUAAUGAAGAUUUUAAAGGCUGUUGAUUCUGAUGAUGGUGAAUAUAGUGGUGGAGAUUCUGAUGUGUAUGUUCUUUCCUAGGGUGUCUGGUGGGGAGCUGUUUGACCGUAUCAUAGAUCGGGGGGUGUACACGGAGAAGGAUGCCAGCCAGCUGGUCCACCAAGUACUGGAGGCUGUCAACUACCUUCAUGAGAACAGCAUAGUGCACAGGGAUCUCAAGGUACGUUACACACAGUCAAAAAGUAAAUAAACACACUUAAUAUACAAUAUGCCAAACAUAUUUUACACACACAGUACUAUUAUAUACUAUGUUGGGAGAAUAGUUUCUCUGCCGGUUGUUGACCCUCUCUCCCUCGGUGAGUGCAGCCAGAGAACCUGCUGUACUUCAACUCAGAUGAGAACUCCAAGAUCAUGAUCAGUGACUUCGGCCUGUCCAAGAUGUCCGACCACGGAGUGAUGUCCACGGCCUGCGGCACGCCAGGAUAUGUUGGUGUGUGUGUGCGUGCGGCAACCGUGUGUUAGUUGGUUGGUCAUUGAAAUAGUGUAAAGCUUCAUUGCACAGAUUUAGCGGAUUAGCAUGGUAUCUAAUCCUGUGUAUAUUUGACCUUCUACAGCCCCUGAAGUUCUGGCUCAGAAACCCUACAAUAAGGCAGUGGACUGCUGGUCCAUAGGAGUCAUCACAUACAUCCUGUGAGAACCUAUCUAGGACUUCUAGAUCUAUAUCCGCCAGCACCUCUUCUCAACCCUUUCAUAGUAUUAGGAUGACUGCAUUGUGAGAUGGUAUUUCUAUAUAACGUUUGGGGAAAGUUAUUGUAAUAACUCUGUGAUAACCAUGUUCCCUCUGUUUGUAACAGGCUGUGCGGCUACCCUCCGUUCUUUGAGGACAACGAGACACGUCUGUUCUCUAAGAUCAUGAGGGCCGACUACGCUUUCCACUCGCCCUUCUGGGAUAACAUCUCAGAGUCAGGUAAGACCUACCACCACCCCUACAACAAGGGUAUUAACACAGAACGACUAUCAUAACUACAUAGUAAAUAUAUUCAUAAGUAAUCAGUGCUAGAAUACCUUUUUACUGUAUAUGCUGAAAGUUCCAUGUCAGUUGUUGACGAUUGUCUGUCUCCGUUUCCAUAGCAAAGGACUUCAUCCGGAACAUGAUGCAGAAGCACCCUAAGAAACGCUUCAGCACAGAACAGGCCCUCAGACACCCCUGGUGAGUCACAAACAGAUCCAGGAUAUGCCCAUCCUCCCCUCAUCUUACUAUAACCAUUAGAGGGGGCAAAUACAAAACUGAUCUAAGAUUAGUGUCUGGGUAUCCCACUUUCUUGUUUAUUCCUAGAUCCUGGUGGCCCUAACAAUGUCAUUUCCUGUUGCAGGAUCAUUGGGAAGACAGCGAGGGAUCAGGACAUCUAUGAAUCAGUCAGCAUUCAGAUCCAGAGGAACUUUGCCAAGUCCAAAUGGAGGGUGAGCAACAUGUCAUAGGGCUACAUACAAUAUGCUAUCAUACAUGCAUACAUUAUUAUUAUUAAAACAUGAUUAUUUAUACAAAUAUAUCAAUCAUAGUAUUCCUGUGUGUUUGUUACAGCAAGCCUUCAACGCCACAGCAGCCAUCAACCACAUGAAGAAGCUGCAGUUGGCCCACGCCGACCCUGACGCCCCUCUCCCUCCUAUCCCCGCCAUCAACCCCUGCAACUCCCAGAAUCCUCAGCAGGGCGUCAACAACAUCACCGCCAAGGACGUCGACACUAACCUCCCAAUCCCAGUGUGUCACGUGACCCCUCCAGAGGCGCAGUGCCGUUGCCUGCGAGCCAGUCAUAGUGAGCCCAGGCACGCGCCGGUCGUUAUGGAGACGUGUAACGCGGAGAAUUGCUCCUCAUUCGCAGCAGCUAAAAGGUGAGUCCGAGUGGACUGAGGGGAGGGGAAUAUACACUACCGUUCAAAAGUUUGGGAUCACUUAGAAAUGUCCUUGUUUUUGAAAGAAAAGCAAUUUCUGUCCAUUAAAAUAACAUAAAAUUGAUCAGAAAUACAGUGUAGACAUUGUAAAUGGCUAUUGUAGCUGGCUAUUGUAUUUGUCCUCUUGCUCAGUUGUGCACCGGGGCCUCCCACUCUUUCUAUUCUGGUUAGAGCCAGUUUGCGCUGUUCUGUGAAGGGAGUAGUACACAGCGUUGUACGAGAUCUUCAGUUUCCUGGCAAUUUCUCGCAUGGAAUAGCCUUCAUUUCUCAGAACAAGAAUAGACUGACGAGUUUCAGAAGAAAGUUAUUUGUUUCUGCCUUUUUUGAGCCUGUAAUCGAACCCACAAUUGCUGCUGCUCCAGAUACUCAACUAGUCUCAAGAAGGCCAGUUUUAUUGCUUCUUUAAUCAGCACAACAGUUUUCAGCUGUGCUAACAUAAUUGCAAAAGGGUUUUCUAAUGAUCAAUUAGCCUUUUAAAAUGAUAAACUUGGAUUAGCAAACACAACGUGCCAUUGGAACACAGGACUGAUGGUUGCUGAUAAUUGGCCUAUGUAGAUAUUCCAUAGAAAAUCUGCAGUUUCCAGCUACAAUAGCCAUUUAUAACAUAAACAAUGUCUACACUGUAUUUCUGAUCAAUUUGUUAUUUUAAUGGACAAGAAUUGCUUUUCUUUUGAAAACAAGAAUUUAAGUGACCCCAAACUGUUGAACGGUAGUGUAUGUCAUUCAGGGGGGGGGGGGGGGGGGUUGAGCUAUGUCCAAUGUUUAAAAUCUGUGAUUCGUAAGGCUCUGCUUUUUGCUGUCUGUUUCAGCUGUGAUACCAUUGACAGGGCGACCAAUAGGAAUGGGCACACCGUGCAGACUGGGGUGUGUUCUGUUAUGUGAUUGCUUGACCUAAGGAUCAAUUCAAUGGCUUAAAGGUAAAUUGGUCUCACAUACACAAUGCGCAUUUGCUUGUAAGUUGCUCUGGAUAAGAG